AUGGCCAGCGCGGGGCGUGGGACGCUCUCUGCUGUGAGGUAGGAGAGCAGGGGAUGCGUCUCCAAGCACGCACGGCUACAACAGGAACUUUAAGCUGAAGACAAAAAGCAGAGAAACGGACCGAGGGACUUUCCAGCGCCUUGAAGUUUUAUCGGAAACGCUUCCACUUCCCGUAAAUCCUCCUUUGCACAGAAUAUGUGACAAACGUCGACAGAGCGUGUGACAAGCGGCCAACACCAGAUCUCCCAUUAAAGACUCAUCUUACGCCCUCGCCGGACUACAGAAAGCCACUUCCAACUCCCAGCUGAGUGUGACAUCCCACAAUGCCGCUGAUCGUGUUGCCCACCUCCCAGCUGCUAUGGGUGCGCGUAGCCGCCCUGCUGUUCACCUGCGUGGCGUUCAGCGUGGCGGCGCACGGAGCCUCGCUGUGGGGGGGCAUGGCCAACUGGUGCAUCUUCUGCUGGGCGUUCAGCUUCGCCUGCAUGCUGCUGGUGCUGCUGGUGGAGGUGUUCGGCCUCCAGAGCCGGGCCCCCGUGUCCUGGACCAACUUCCCCAUCACCAUCGCCUGCUACGCCUCCCUCCUCUGCCUCUCCGCCUCCGUCAUUUUUCCGCUCUUUUUCCUGAAGGACCAGCGCCCCAGCGGCGAUAUUCGCGACUAUCGCAUCGCCGCCACCGUCUUCUCCUGCCUGGCGGCGGUAGCCUACAUGGGGGAGGUGAGCCUGACCAAAGCGAGGCCAGGAGAGGUGGCGGGUUACAUGGCCACGGCUCCCGGCCUGCUGAAGGUGUGCCAGACCUUCGUGGCCUGCAUCAUCUUCAUCCUGGUCAGCGAGCCCGUGUCGUACAACCACCACGCGGCUCUCAAGUGGUGCAUGGCGGUGUACUGCAUCUGCUUCAUCCUCUCCAUGGCCGUGGUGGUGCUGUGCGUGGGCGAGUGCACCGGCUGCCUGCCCAUCCCUUUCUCCAAGUUCCUGUCGGCGUACGGGCUCCUGGCAGUGAUCAUGUACUUGACGGCCACCAUCAUCUGGCCCGUGUUCCAGUUUGACAAACAGUACCAGCGCAGCAGGCGAGCGUCGUCAGAACUGAUCACCGUGGCGGUGCUCACUGCCCUCAACUUCCUGCUUUACCUCGCCGACCUGGCCUACACCGCCAGACUAGUGUUUGUCAGUGCCUGAGGGGCAAAGAGAUGAAGGAGGGGAGAUGCAUUAAGCGUUGAAGCGGGGAAAUACAGAUGCUAAGAGGUUGAAUGGCUUUGCAGAAAACUAUAGCUGUUGUUGAAUUUCUGACAAAAAAAAAACAAACCAAUAUAUGACUAAUUGUAGAAUGUUGAAACGAGAUUUCCCAUUGAUACGAGGAAAGAAAAGUCCCAAACUCCCUUACAGUGUGUAUGUAUGUGUGUAUAUCUGCAGUGUUUUACCUCUGAUGUGAACGGACCUGUACUAAAGACAAGUUUAACGUGAACAACGUAAAAGUCAUCCGUUAAUGCUGUUAAAAUCCAAUGAGGUCAACACACUGGAACAGCAGAAGAGGUGUUGGAUUGUAUUUACUGUAUGUGAGACACACAGGCACCCUGGUUGCCGAUGAGGAAGCCCUCUGCUUGACCUAUGAUAUACAUUGUGUUUCAUAUUUAUUCUCGUUUUUAUCUAUCUAAGAUCUUCUGCGUGUUUUGCUACAUUUUGUAAAAUGAAAAAUCAGUUUGAUCAAAUCUUAAGUAAAGAGGUCAAAAUGAAACACCAUAUGGUUUACAUUUACUACCUUCUCAUUUGCAAGUGCCUUCAUCAUUUCAAGUGUUGAUUGUGAAAUUGAAUGUUAUUUAGCUCACAAAGUCUUUUGUUAAUAAGGGUUUGGGGGGGAGGUGGAAAUACAUUAGCUUUCCCUUUGUCUUCAUAAAGUAUCAGUAUUGAAGCAUUUGAAAGAAUGUAAUGUGAGCAAAUAAAGUUUUCACUUUAACCAA